AUGGGACACCAUUGAAUUUUAUACAUACUGGGCAUCGAUCAUGUAAUUUUUUCCUAGGAGCGGAAACGUGAAAAAUGAAAACUUUUAUGUGAAUUCGACAAUUUUAUUAGUCGAAUUUACGUGAAAUUUUCACGUUUCCGCUUCUAAGGAGAAAUUACAUGAUCGAUGUCCAGACCGUGAGUCGACGAAGAAAAGGAUUAAUUGUGUCUCUUUCUUUCAUAGACGCAUUGGUGUGUGCAGUGUGUUGUGCGUGGUGUGCGCGCGCGUGUAGAAACAUGGUAUGCUUCCUCGUCCUCGUUUUCUUUGAAUUUCUCAAUACUGCUCUUGCAUGCGGUGAUACGUUGACGGUCUUAUCAUCUAUAUUCUGUUUAUGUAUUAAGCAUGGUUUUUUAUAUCAUAUCAAAUCGAAUCUGCGGGUCAAAGAGGAGAUCAUUUCUCUAUAUACAAGCAAAAAAGAAGGAGUGGCUCGUGGACCAGAGGUAAUUCGUGCAGCAAGAGUGAUAGAAGAAUUGAAAACGUUAGAAUUGGAUGUGCGAGAUUAUGGCGAUAUAGUUUACGAUGCGAAGGAUAUAAAUGAUAUAAGUAAUAUGUCAGAAUUGGGCCAUGUGGCUAGUUGUACGAGUCGUUUAUCUGAACAAAUUCGUCAAGUAUUACGAGAUGGCAGACAAGCAUUAACAAUUGGUGGUGAUCAUAGUUUGAGUAUUGGUACUAUUGACGGUCACGUAAAAGAAAAAGGUGAUGUUGCAGUAAUAUGGGUGGAUGCUCAUGCAGAUUUAAAUACUAACAAAACUAGUGAGAGUGGUAAUGUGCAUGGAAUGCCCGUGGCAUUAUUAACUUCAGAGCUAGCUGAUUAUUGGCCGUAUUUACCAGGCAUGGACUGGCAAGUACCAAUGUUGUCCAUCAGAAAUGUAGCUUACAUUGGUUUAAGAUCUGUAGAUCGCUAUGAAAGAUUAGUGAUCGAAAAAUUUGGAAUUACCGCUUUCGGAAUGGAAGAUAUAGAACGCUAUGGUAUUCAUAAUGUAACACAUAUGGCAUUGAAUAAGAUAGAUUCUCAUAACUCAAAAUCUCUACAUGUUAGUUUCGAUAUAGAUGCGUUAGAUCCACUCGAAGCACCCAGCACUGGAACUCCAGUUCGCGGAGGACUAUCUCUUAGAGAAGCAAUUCAUCUUAUGGAAGAGAUAUAUAGAACACGCAGAUUAAGUGCAAUCGAUUUAGUAGAAGUCAAUCCGCAAAUUGGCACUAAACAAAAUGUAGAAAUUACUGUAGAAGCAGCUAUACAUAUUAUCCAAGCAGCCUUGGGUUAUACAAGACGUGGUUUGAAAUUACCUACAGGUAUUACAGACAUGCCUUUACAAACGUUUCAAUAAUACAUGUUGAUUCCUAUUUUAA